ACACAGGUCCGAGAGCCAAUAACUCUACUCGUUACGGAGUACGAAAGCAGAGAACUGGUGUUCGGUAGUAGAAUAGAUCAAUGGCGACAAUAGUACAGUGUCUUUCUUCCUGUGCGACCCUCAAUUCCAAAUUCAAAUCCCUUUCUCUCAACGGAGCUUCUUCAUCAUCAUCUCCAACUUCUUCCUUCUCCAUUCGUCGUGGUGUCUGCUCCUCCCUUAGCUUCGCUCAGAGCGUUUCUCAAUGUGUCGCCUUCUCCUCCGGGAAAACGUGGGUACAGAAGAAGCCAGCGAGGCAAUUGACUGUCUGUGAGGCUGCUCCCACGAAGAAAGCUGACUCAGCUGCCAAGAGAGCUCGCCAAGCCGAGAAGAGGCGCGUUUACAACAAGUCUAAAAAAUCUGAAGCCCGCACACGGAUGAAGAAGGUCUUGGAAGCACUCGAUGGGCUCAAGAAGAAAGCAGAUGCUGUGCCUGACGAGAUUGUGACGGUGGAGAAACUGAUAGGAGAGGCUUAUUCUGCGAUAGACAAAGCAGUGAAGGUUAGAGCGCUACACAAGAACACUGGUGCACGUAGGAAGUCUCGGCUGGCUAGGAGGAAAAAGGCAGUUGAGAUCCACCACGGUUGGUAUGUCCCUGCCACAGCAACAGCUCCACCAGCAGAAGCUGCCACCAUGGCUGCGUAAACAACGUGGACAGAGAUAAUUGUUUUUUUUUGUCAUGUAUAAUUCAAUCGCUUUCAGACUCUUUUUGUGUACUUUUGGUUCAAAGCUUGGCCUUGGUCUGGUUUAGUAAGAUCUCAGUUCUUGCCUCUUGACAUCA